GUACGUCAAAAACAAAAUAAGCAAAUGUCAAAAGCUGACAAACAUAUUUUUCUAGAAGAAAAAUAAUCACAAUAAUUUCAAUCGUGUGCGAAUCUAACAGUUGCGUAAACUACCUACAAUUUCGCCUGAGUUAAAUAAUGAUAUAUGUGACAAUAUUGACGUAAAACUAGUGAGAAUAUAGCAGGAAAAAUGAGUAAACACACUUAUACUACGGCGAACCUUACCGAUAAAGAACUGAAGGAGCAGGGCAACAGAUUGUUCAGUCUGAGACGAUUUGAGGAUGCUAUGAACUGCUACACAAAGGCUAUUAUAAAAAAUCCAUCAGUAGCGACGUACUUCACAAAUCGUGCACUAUGUCAUCUCAAGAUGAAGCGGUGGGAAGCAACGUGCCAGGACUGUCGCAGGGCACUGGAUAUAGACAACAAUCAGGUGAAAGGCCACUUCUUCCUGGGCCAGGCUCUGGUAGAAUUGGACUGCUAUGACGAAGCUAUCAAGCAUCUGCAUCGGGCAAAUGAUUUGGCGCGCGAACAGAAGUUGAACUUCGGCGAUGACAUAGCAGCACAGAUCCGCAUAGCAAGGAAAAAACGAUGGAACGUACAAGAGGAGAAGAGAAUAUCGCAGGAGAUUGAACUGCAGUCUUAUUUGAAUAGGUUAAUAAAUGAAGAUAUGCAGCGUAGAAUAGAGGCAUUGAAACUAGAUGUAAGCAAUAAAGAUGAUGUUAAUAGUAAAGCGUCCAAAAUUGAGGAUGAAUGUAAUAACUACAGAAGCGAACUAAACAUAUUAUUUUCUAAAAUGGACGAAAGGAGAAGGAAACGCGAUGUACCGGAUUAUUUGUGUGGCAAGAUAAGCUUUGAAAUUCUGAACGAACCGGUGAUCACGCCCAGUGGCAUUACUUAUGAGAAGAAGGAUAUUGAAGAGCAUUUGGAGCGUGUCGGCCACUUCGAUCCGGUGACUCGCGUGAAGUUGACGGCGGACCAGCUGAUCCCCAACUUCACGAUGAAGGAAGUAGUGGAUGCCUUCUUACAGGACAACGAGUGGGCUCUCGACUACUGAGCUUGAUGUUUGUCCUGUAUAUAGGUACCUAGUGUUUGUGAUGUGAUGUGGUAAUACCCCGAAAUAUUGCAAAAAAAUAUGUAACAUUGUGGAUGGUGGCUUGAUCCGAAGAGCAAAAUUUAGUUGAGAUCUUGUUAAUGUCACAAAUAAUUAGAUAUCACAAAAUAUCACGAUAUCAAAAAAUAUAUGUAUAUUCGUUAUGGGAAAUGGCUCUCUAAACCGCAGGUGAAGAUAGACAUGUGGACUUUGUUUUCGACUUUUUAAGAACAAGAUCGCACGGUUAUAAAUAUUGGCGAAAUUAAUAUGACAGUACUAUUUAGAUGAUGUGUGCUACCUACCUCUAUUUACAGCCGUUUCCAAUAUUCAAUCUAUCCAUUUUUUGCUUACCGAUUUAAGAGAUUGACAUAACUUGUAUGUGGUUAAUAUCAAAAUUCUAUUCCUAGUAAUGAAAACAACAUAUUGGGAACGGCUUUUAUUCCCACAGUUCAAACUAGAUAAUAUUAUAAUAAUGAAUCGGGGUAUUACUGCUAAUGACUGUGUCCUAUUUUAUUCACGUGUAUGUUUUACGUUUAGUUCGUUCGUUUUCGGACUCGAAAGGAGUUUUAUAUCAUAAACUCUUUACAGUAGUCCGAACUAGGAUAAUCUAUGGUAGGCAAUUGAAACAUUAAACCUCAACUUUGAAAAGUUAAA